AUGUCUUCACACAGUGUGGAAGAGUUGAAGUCCACCAGCGACACGAUUUCACCUACAACAGAAAAGGAAGAAUUAGAGUUGAACCCAGCUCCUGAUGGAGGAUUUCGAGCAUGGCUUGUUGCUGCAGGUGGAUCUUGUAUCUUCUUCGCUGCGCUGGGAUUUGCGAACUCGUUCGGAGUUUUCGAGGAGUAUUAUCUUACACACCAGCUCAAAGGCCAAUCUACAGACAAAAUUGCCUGGAUUGGUUCAGUGGCAUCUUGUUUUCAGUUUACCGCUGGGGCAAUUGGUGGUCCGUUAUUCGACCGAUUCGGUGCAUGGGUGAUUCGCCCCUGUGCCGUUCUUUAUAUUUUUUCGAUCAUGAUGACAAGCCUUUGUAAAGAAUACUGGCAAUUUAUGCUAGCUCAAGGUGUUCUCAUGGGAAUUUCCAUGGGCUUGAUUCAGUUUCCGGCCAUGGCAGCCGUCAUACAAUUUUUUGACAAGAAACGUGCUGCUGCUCUCGGAGUGGUAGUAGCAGGAUCAUCCAUCGGUGGUGUCGUAAUGCCUAUAGCCAUGUCAAAGAUGCUGAAUGGCACUUCACUAGGCUUUGGAUGGUCCGUUAGAAUUAUUGGAUUCAUUUUGAUUCCUCUACUGGGCUUCUCUUGCAUCGCUGUCACUUCUCGGUUGCCGCCCCGCCAAUCAGCCUUUUUCAUGAUUGAGCCAUUCAAAGACCCUAGAUUCAACCUUGUGAUCGGCGCUUUAUUUUUCAUGUUCAUUGGCAUGCUUGCUCCAUUGUUUUAUAUCCCGACAUAUGCAGUUAGCCGAGGUAUGGAUUCGACAAUGGCCUCUUAUCUCCUUGCAAUUCUCAACGCAGCGUCAACAUUCGGCAGAAUUAUCCCUGGUGUACUGGCCGACAAGUUUGGUCGGUUGAAUGUCUUCACUAUUGGCGGAAUUGUGACAGGAAUUGUGAUAUUCUGUCUGAAUUUGCCAACAUCCACCGCCGCAUUGGUCGUCUACUCAAUUGCUGUCGGAUUUUCAUCAGGGACGAUCAUUUCUGGAGCAUCUUCUGCCUUCACAGUUUGCAUCAAAAGACUUCAAGAUGCAGGAACAUAUCUAGGAAUGGGCAUUGCAGUUGCAUCUGUCGCAGCGCUGAUCGGACCUCCAAUCAAUGGCGCACUUAUCAGUCAUUACGGCGGAUAUGCUCAGAUGUCAUACUUUAGCGGCGCAAUGACAAUUGUUGGUGGAUUACUUGCUCUCGGGGCCAAGGCCACAACACCUGAAGGUAUUUUCGGGAAAAUUUGA